AUGGAAAAACUCACAAUCGAACAACUGUUCAAAAUCAUAUUUGAAAUCAAUAAAGAUCAACAUUUCAUUUUCUGUUAUGCAUGUCAAAUAAGAUUCCCAAUUGUAGAACCAGAAAAGGCAACCCUCUAUAUCCAUCACUUCUCUAAAGACCAUGUGUACAAUCUCUCAACUAUAGCAACAAAAGAAAUUAUGAAAAACAAAGAAUCUACAAAAAACGAUAAUAGAAUAUCAUAAGCUAUUCCAUUAUUUGAUUUAGAAAAAGCACUCAAUAUACAAUAAUAGCAAUCAAAGAAUGGUAAUCUUUUAUAUCUUAAUCCUCAGUUCUUCAUCAAUAUUUGAAAGAUUGUAUUACCAAAUUACCAAAUAUCUAUGAUUAAUUAGAAUUGAAUAAUCUAGAAGCCUACAUGAGUACUCUUAGAAGAUUGUAUUUACAUUUACUUAAUCACAAUACCUCCUUCCUAACUCUUGAACUUUGUUUCUCUUUCUUAGAUAUUUACAAAACAGACAAAGAUCUCCAAUUGAUUAGGAAAAUUGUAAGAGCACUCAAUUUUCCAUUGUCUCAUGAAUAGAUGUAAAUUCUAAAUCCUCAUAAAUAAACUUAUCCAAAUUUAUCUUAAGAUUUGUAUAUUGAAUAUUAUCAAAUCUUCAUUAAUGAUCUAAUAGACUUAGGAUUAUCUAAAGAGUCCUUAGUUUAUCAUCUUGCUAAAAUUGGAACACCAAUAAAUAAAAUUAUUGAUUUAAAACUUUAUGAAAUCAAGAAUAAAAUUAAUGAUCUAAUCAAUAAAGGUAUUAAUGAAGAAUAAAAUAUAUUCUUUUUAACAAUCAUUGAGAAAUUAGAACGUUAUGAAAAUCUUAAUAGUCAUUCUUAUGUUUUUACUAAAUGGAAUACAGAAUGUUAAAUAAGAAAAUGUGUUAGAUAAAUUAGGAAUCGUCUUAGAGACUAAACAACAGAUGAAAAAUAUAAAGAUUUUUUAGCAACUGCUUCUCUUUAAUAAAUACAAAAUUGGCAUAAAUUUUAAAUUUAAAAUGAGAAAAAUAAUACUAAAGAGAUGAUAUCUAUAUUAGAAACAAUUAAUGAAAAUAAGAAUUAAUCAAGAAAAAAAAAGAAAUCAAUAAUUAAAUAAUUUACUAUUCCUAAUAACAGUAAUUUGGAAUAAUUUGAAAGAAAAGAAUAAGAAGAACUAGAAAAUAAUGAAUUUGAUAUUAGUAUUAUUGAUUCAAAAUCAGAGCGAGAUAUGGAUAAAGGAUUAAAUAAUAAAUAAAUCAACCAAACAACAAAGUAAAAUUCAAUAGAUUAAAAGAAUUAAUAGUAAUGUGAAAUUAUCAAUACAGAGUCUUAGAAAGAGAAAUUAGAAAAUUAUUAGCAUAAAGCUUUACUUAAAAAGUCUUCAAAAAGAUGA